CGCCUCUAGUGGCAAGUUCAGUCAACACGUCACGUAAAUGGCAAAGUACAUCGCUGAGGGAGAAAUAAAGACUUUUAAGAGUGCAAGACAAAGCUGAUCCCUGAACCCCCGUAAUUAGUAAUUUUACGAAGCCCUUUGUUCGAAUUUAAAAGUAAAUACAUUAUCGCAUUACAGUUAUUACAAAGGUGUCAUAAAUUACAAGCAAGGUAACGAUCAACUUCUAGCAAUGGCGACUUGACCCCACAAAGAAUGGAACACUUUUCAACAUCGACAUUGUAUAUCUCGAGAUUCUUUUUUCGAGUUUAAUUAAAAAGCCACAAAGAUGGCAGAUGUUGAUCCAGAGACGCUGCUAGAAUGGCUGAGCAUGAGCCAGGGCGAUGAACGGGACAUGCAGCUGAUCGCAUUGGAGCAGCUGUGCAUGUUGCUGCUGAUGAGCGACAAUGUCGACCGGUGCUUCGAGAUCUGUCCUCCAAGAACAUUUUUACCCGCAUUGUGCAGAAUAUUCCUAGACGAGCAUGCACCCGACAGCGUGCUGGAAGUAACUGCGCGUGCUAUAACUUACUAUCUCGAUGUAUCUGCGGAGUGUACGAGGCGAGUGGUGGGGAUGGAGGGUGCUGUCAGAGCGAUCUGCGGACGGCUAUCAGGAGCCGCGCUUGGCUGCCGAGCGAGCAGAGAUUUAGCAGAGCAGUGCAUCAAAGUUCUGGAGUUGGUUUGUGCUCGAGAAGCCGGAGCUGUUUUCGAAGCCGGAGGUCUUCCCUGCGCGCUAGGAUUCAUCAGAGAAAACGGAGCACGAGUUCAUCGAGACACUUUGCACUCGGCAAUGGCAGUAGUCUCCAGACUGUGCGGGAAAGUCGAGCCCCAGGACAAGACACUUCCCGAUUGCGUGGAAGCUUUAUCGACUUUGCUGAGACACGAAGACGCCCAUGUGGCUGAUGGCGCACUGCGUUGCUUUGCGUCACUGGCAGACCGCUUUUCCCGACGGGGAACAGAUCCAGCGCCACUCGCGAGCAAUGGACUCGUCUCAGAGCUGCUUUACAGGCUGUCCAAUGCAGCUGGACCAGGAACGUCUAUUGCAGCCGCUGCUAACAAUCCUAAGACACCUCCACCUUCUACGACGUCUUCAACGAUACCGGCUCCAGAACCCAAGUCUUGUGCCUCUGUUUCAACGAUUAUUAGUCUUUUGUCUACGCUUUGCAGGGGAUCUCCCUCAAUUACACACGACCUGCUGCGUUCAGAUCUCCCAGAUGCUAUUGAAAAGGCUUUGAAAGGCGAUGAAAGGUGCGCGUUGGACUCAAUGCGUCUUGUAGAUUUACUUCUUGUUUUGCUGUUUGAAGGAAGAUCUGCUCUAGGUCGCGGUGGAGCAGCUGGUGGACCUUCAGGGCCUCUUCUGCCUCGGUUGCGUCGACUAGACAGCGCGGGGGAAAAGUCACACCGGCAGUUAAUCGAUUGCAUACGCUCGAAAGACACGGAUGCCCUGAUAGAGGCGAUCGAUUCUGGAGGCAUUGAAGUUAAUUUCAUGGACGACGUGGGACAGACUUUACUUAACUGGGCAUCGGCGUUUGGAACUCAGGAAAUGGUUGAGUUUCUCUGUGACCGUGGUGCUGAUGUCAACAAAGGACAGCGCUCAUCUAGCCUACACUACGCCGCGUGUUUCGGCAGACCUGCUAUUGCCAAAGUAUUAUUAAGACAUGGUGCCAACCCGGAUCUGCGCGAUGAAGAUGGCAAGACUCCGCUCGACAAAGCCCGUGAACGUGUUGAUGAAGGCCACAGGGAAGUCGCAGCUAUUUUGCAGAGUCCUGGGGAGUGGAUGUUGCCCCCCAGCAAUCAGGAACACAGAAAGCAAGACAGUGAUGUUGAUAGUGAAUACACGGAACCAAAGGGUGAUCCUGAGAUGGCACCCGUUUAUUUAAGGAGACUGUUACCUGUUUUUUGUGCCACUUUUCAGUCGACUAUGUUACCUAGUGUAAGAAAAGCUAGUUUAAAUUUGAUACGUAAGAUGGUACAUUAUAUUCAGCCUGAUCUAUUGGUCGAGACUUGCGGAGCUGAUAAAACUGCAGGAUGCGGAGCUAUGCUGGUUGAAGUCAUAGCCAAUGUUUUGGAUAACGAGGAAGACGAAGAUGGACACUUGGUUAUUCUGCAGAUGAUUCAAGACUUGAUGAUGAAAGGUAAAGACGAGUUUCUUGAACACUUUGCGCGUCUUGGAGUAUUCUCUAAAGUCGCGGCUCUCGCGGGACCACAAGACACACCUGCCGAACCUGAAAAUGAACUUGCUGUGGCAACCGCCUCCACGGGCGAUGAACACAAAUUAGAAGACGCGAGAGAAUUGCUUGUGGGCCGCGCUUAUCAUUGGAGAGACUGGUGCAUUUGCCGUGGCCGUGACUGCCUUUACGUUUGGUCGGACGCCGCGGCCUUGGAGCUGUCUAAUGGCAGUAACGGAUGGUUCCGGUUUAUUCUGGAUGGGAAAUUGGCUACUAUGUACUCUAGCGGUAGCCCUGAAGGAGGCACUGAUGCUACUGGAAAAGGGCGAAACACCGAAUCACUUACAACAGAAGUAAUGGCGUCGAUUGCAGAGAGUCGUGGCGAAUUUUUGGAAAAAUUACAACGCGCACGAGGACAAGUUAAACCUAAUACCGUAAGUCAACCUGUCCUUUCAAAGCCCGGCCCUACACGUUUAGUAGUGGGUAAUUGGGCGCUUUCGAGUCGCAAAGAAAGCGAAAUGUGUAUUCAUAAUAGUGACGGGCAACAACAAGCUACUAUUUUACGCGAAGAUUUGCCCGGAUUUAUUUUUGAAUCCAAUCGCGGUACUAAACACUCUUUUACUGCUGAAACUAGUUUAGGUCCAGAUUUCGCAGCAGGAUGGGCUGGAAAGCGUUGCAAGCGUUUAAGAUCAAAGAUAGAAGCAAUAAAGCAGAAAGUAAAGACCCAAGCCCAAGAAAUCUACGAGAGUUACUUCAAAGCAGCCCAAGCCCAGCCACGUGGAGUCGUUGCCAAGUUAGCAGCUAUAGUAACCCAGAUAGACAAAGCAUAUCAGAAGCAGUUAUCAGGCAACCGGGAGUGGCGUGGUGUCUUGCAGUCAGCUUUAGAAGAGCUAAAGAUGCUGCUGAACGAAGAAGGCCGCGUUUCAGCCUACGAAUUGCAUUCCAGCGGGCUUGUCCAGUCGCUUUUGGGUCUCUUAGCUAACCCGUCUGGCCCCCAAGUAACCACCGUACGUGCAAACCGCAUGCGUCUUCAGCGGAUAGCCGUCUUCAAGAGCUGCUUCAAAGCCAAAGACACCAACGACGGUAACUCAGCAAAAGUAUUGGUCCAAAAAUUAGUCUCAGUCCUCGAGUCGAUUGAGAAACUCCCAGUUUAUCUUUACGACACCCCUGGCUCCGGAUACGGAUUACAGAUUCUCACUCGCCGGCUUCGUUUCCGCCUCGAGCGUGCUCCCGGUGAAUCAGCGCUGAUUGAUAGAUCCGGGCGGAGCCUGAAAAUGGAGCCGCUGAGUACUAUCCAGCAACUGGAGAACCACCUGCUGAAAAUGAUCGCCAAGCAGUGGCACGAUCACGAUCGCUCAACCUUCACCUUCGUUAAAAAAUUGAAAGAAGGCACCAAAAUGACCUUCCAGUACUCUCAUGACUUUGAUGAAAACGGGAUCCUUUAUUGGAUAGGCACCAAUGCAAAAACCAGCCCGGAGUGGGUGAACCCUGGACAAUAUGGUCUGGUAGUCGUGACAUCCAGCGAUGGACGCAGCUUGCCUUACGGACACCUUGAAGACAUCUUAAGUCGCGAUCAAAGUGCUUUGAACUGCCAUACCAACGACGACAAACGCGCCUGGUUUUCUAUCGACCUCGGAGUCUGGGUUAUUCCCAGUGCUUACUCGCUUCGUCACGCUCGUGGGUACGGAAAGAGCGCUCUCAGAAACUGGAUGUUCCAGGCUUCUAAGGAUGGUAUCAACUGGACGACUUUGUACACGCAUAUCGACGACUGUUCGCUAAAUGAACCCGGUAGCACGGCAACUUGGACCCUGGAACCUCCUGGAGAAGAAACUCAGGGCUGGAGACACUUGAGAUUACAGCAGACAGGAAAGAAUGCCUCGGGACAGACGCACUAUUUGUCAGUCUCGGGUUUUGAGGUUUAUGGAGAAGUUACUGGAGUCUGCGAGGACUUGGGACGUGCGGCAAGAGAAGCUGAAGCGGGAGUGAGACGUCAAAGACGAUUGAUAAAGACUCAGGUGUUGAAACAUUUAGUUGCGGGAGCACGUGUCGCUCGUGGACUCGAUUGGAAGUGGAAGGACCAAGACGGAGUGCCUCCAGGUGAAGGUUCUAUCACUGGAGAGCUUCACAACGGAUGGAUCGACGUUACCUGGGACCACGGAGGCUCCAAUUCGUAUCGUAUGGGUGCUGAGGGCAAGUACGACCUCAGGCUGGUUGGCACGAGUAUGGACGGUGAGAACAAGAACAAAAAUGGAUCUGGAGUUCUGACUGGAAGGAAGUCCAGCAGCACUCCCAGUUUACCAGAUUGCACUGAUGUUAGCAUGCGUGGCUCGGUUGCUUCGACGGAACAGGCAGCCAGUGCUGAGAAUCUCGCGGCUAAGCAGGCUGCUGAGUCCAUUGCGGAGAGUGUACUGUCGGUAGCACGCGCUGAAGCUGUGGUAGCGGUCACUGGAGAAGGAGGAGCUAGUAAUACUGGGGAACUCUCUGUGGUACUUCAUCCGAGACCUGAUACUGCGGUUACUAGUGAUCUGGUGACCAUUGUUGAGAGUCUGGCUUUGAAUACUGACUGCCCGCCUAACAGCAACAGCAAUCGCGCGUCUAGUUCAAAGCCUCUGUUUUCUACAGUUCGCGGUAACAAGCCAACAAGCGGUUUAUUGAGCCUCGAAGCGUCAGAAGUACUCGACCGGCUUCGCGAAGGCGCUGAUCGGUUACGUAAUAACACUAACAGUUUCUUGAGUGGUGAAUUACUUGGUUUAGUACCUGUUAGGAUAUCUGUGUCCAGCGAAACUGACGAGAACUCGAUGAGGAUCAGACCAGUCCCGCGUCAUAAUCCUGCUACUGAUGCAACAAAAGAAUGCAACCGUGACAAAGAAGCAACCAGUUCAUCAUCUCAAAAUACAGCUGGAGGAUGUCCAGUUGUGGUUACCAAUCCGAUGUCUGUCUCGGUACCAAAUCUAGCAUGUACUGAUGCUAACAACACCCUAGAAACUACUACGGCGACUGGUUUACUAGAAACAUUUGCAGCAAUGGCUCGACGACGUACUCUAGGACCAGCUGGUGGACAGCAUAUCGCGCCAAACUCAAACGUGACUCAGAACACACGUGGACCUACAUCAGUGUCUAAUUUCGUGCGUUUAGCAUUGAGUUCAAACUUUACCGGUGGAUUGCUCAGUACCGCGCAAAGUUAUCCCAGCUUGACUAGCAGCAGUCAGGUUGCUGGUAGUGGAGUCACCACGACAACUGGCGCUGGUGGUUUGGGACAGGCUUUGACUAUGUCUUUGACCAGUACCAGCAGCGACAGUGAGCAGUUAUGGCUACAGGUGAGUCUUGAGGACUUUUUGGAAUCAUGUGGCGGCGUGGCAAGUUCCAGUAUUGGUGGAGUUCGAACAACUGGCGGGCCUACACUUCUAGGUGAGCUUGACGAUGACGAAGAAGUCCUGGCAGAAGAAGAUGACGACAACGAAGAAAACGAUCCCGAGAUCGAUUUAUUGAUCCAGGACGACGACGAGGAGAAUGAGGAAGAGGUUGAAGGUGGAGAGGCCGAGUACGAAGAAGUAAUGGUCUCUCGUAACCUUCUGGCAGCUUAUAUGGAAGAAGAGACCCCACAGAGUACCAAACGCCGCGCUUGGGACGAUGAAUUCGUUUUGAAGCGACAGUUUUCUGCGCUUAUACCCGCAUUCGACCCGAGACCAGGUCGCACCAAUAUAAACCAGACAACGGAUCUUGAAGUACCGCAACCGGGUAGUGAUUUACAGUCCAGUGUACGAGUGGGAACUGUUUCAUCUCCUCGACUGUCGCUUUCUCUCAAAGGUCCAGGGCUACCUGACACCCCCGAUGUCGAAUUAUCUCUCACAGACCCAAAUGCCAGUAUAUUCCAGGCCGUACAAGAGCUGAUGCAAAUGACAGAGCUAGGAAGCCGUCAAGAGAAGCUGCGUCGUAUCUGGGAGCCAACGUACACGAUAAUCUACCGGGAAUCAAAGGACGAAGAGUCUUCAGGCCGCGCAACUCCAAUAGUAACCCUCUACUCCGGAAAACCCGCAGUCAGCAAUAACGCCUGCACCGUGGAAGACGUUCUCCAGCUCCUAAGACACGUAUACGUCCUCAGCAUCACCCGGGACGACCGCCGGGACUUGACAAUCAACGAAGAUUCUCUUGAAUCUGCCUGCUGGGUGAAUCCGGACGACUUUACCUCCAAGAAAAUCACCAACAAAGUAAUCCAGCAGAUCCAAGACCCCCUGGCGCUUGCCGCAGGCGCUCUCCCAGCCUGGUGCGAAGAACUCGCCCGCAGCUGCCCAUUCCUGCUGCCUUUCGAGACAAGGCGACUCUACUUCAGCUGUACGGCCUUCGGAGCCUCAAGAUCUAUCGUCUGGCUCCAAACUCAGCGUGACGCUAUUUUAGAGCGUCAACGCGCGCCCGGACUGAGUCCCAGAAGAGACGACAGUCAUGAAUUCCGGGUCGGAAGACUGAAACAUGAAAGAGUGAGUGUUCCCCGAGGUGAGAAACUUCUCGACUGGGCCGAGCAAGUUUUGAAAAUUCACGCCCACAGAAAGAGUAUCCUAGAAGUUGAAUUUGUCGGCGAGGAAGGAACUGGAUUGGGUCCAACCCUUGAAUUUUUCGCGUUAGUCGCUGCCGAGCUUCAGAGAAAAGAUCUAGGACUGUGGCUCUGCGAUGACCACGACCAGUCAGAAGGUUACUCCUGUCCCUCGGACGAGCAAACUAGACCAGCGGGUUACUACGUAAUCAGACCCAGUGGACUCUUUUUAGCGCCGUUGCCUCAGAACUCUGAAGCUUGCGAUCGCGCGGUUAGAUACUUCUGGUUCCUGGGAGUCUUUUUGGCAAAAGUGCUUCAAGACAACCGUUUGGUGGAUCUUCCGCUGUCCAGGUCUUUCCUUAAGCUAAUGUGCCGGGGAGACAUCGCGAACAAUGUCAAUGAAAAGAUUGGACUGACUGGUGUCACUCAAGAAAGCAUCUCCUCGAGCAUGGCCAGCAGCUUCAUCAGCGAAGAGGGAGAGACAGACGGACUCAACUCUCUGGAGCCGAGUCCGUGGUAUGACGGUAUCCUGGACAUCGAGGACCUGGUGAUGGUCGACCCGGUGAGAGGGGAAUUUUUGAAGGAAAUCCAGGCAGUUGCCUCCAGGCGCGAGAGAACUAUUUCUGAGGGCUGCUCGUCUUCUGAUGAAGAUGCUAUCCGUAUUAAUCAUCCGUCCGGCACUUCUGUUGCUAUUGAAGACUUGGGGCUCACCAUGUCUUAUUCACCCGGGUCUAAGGUCUUUGGCUACGACCACGAGGAGCUGGUUGAGGGAGGGUACGAUGUUGCGAUCACUGUUGACAAUGCCAGGGAGUACGCCGAGCUGACCAUCGACUAUUGCUUGAAUAAAGGAAUCGCCAGGCAGCUUGAGUCCUUCAAGGCUGGAUUUUCAAAAGUUUUUCCCAUGGAGAAGCUUCAUGCCUUCAGUCCUGAAGAAAUUAGGGCGAUGCUUUGUGGAGAACAGAAUCCUCAUUGGACCAGAGAAGAUCUGCUCAAUUAUACUGAACCUAAAUUAGGAUACACUCGUGAAAGCCCCGGCUUCCAGAGAUUCGUCAACGUUUUGAUGUCGCUGACCGGUCCUGAGCGCAAGGCCUUCCUGCAGUUCGCGACCGGGUGCUCGGCGUUACCACCGGGCGGUCUCUGUAAUCUGCAUCCAAGACUGACAGUCGUGCGCAAAGUAGACGCCGGCGCCGGUGGUUACCCAUCAGUAAACACCUGCGUCCACUAUCUCAAAUUGCCCGAGUACCCCACAGAAGAAAUGUUGAAAGAGCGACUCCUUGCAGCCACCCGGGAGCGAGGUUUCCACUUGAAUUAAUUUUUAAAAAUUGAAUUAUUUACAACAACCACAAACCAUAAAUAUAAUAUAAUAAAAAUAAUUUUUAAGUGUCAUGUGAUCGGGCCUCGUGUUUAGUAAACACUUUAAUGGUACAGAAUUAAAUCUCACAAUUUAUUAUUAAUAUUACUACUAUUAAUUUAUUAAUCUUUAAUUAUAUAUCACCAGUCUUUAAGUUAGUUUUUUUUUCUUUUAAAAUCUUGUAAAUUUAAUUGCAGCGGAUUUAAUGAGUUGGUUUUUUUUUUUUUUUUUUUUUUUUUUUUUUCGAAGUAUGAAUUAAAAUUAUAAUUAAUUGAUUAAUAAAUAAAUAUAUGUUUACCAUACAUAUAAUUUAAUUUAAAAAUGGAAUUAAUUAGAAGCUUAAACACUGUCCGACUAUUAUUUAAUUUAAUCAAAAAUAUAUU